GGUCGGCCUCGCGCACAAUACAAAAGACCGCUAUAAGAAUCAGAGAGAGAGAGAGAGAGAGAGAGGGAGAGUCGUCGAGACUUUACUCUCUGAACAGCAGAAGAAAUGGCAUCAGAUCCGAAGAUUCACUUGUUCGAAGAGGUCGCUAAGCAUAAUCAGACCAAAGAUUGCUGGCUGGUUAUUUCCGGAAAGGUGUAUGAUGUAACUCCGUUCAUGGAUGAUCAUCCUGGAGGUGAUGAAGUUCUGCUAUCAGCAACUGGGAAGGAUGCAACAAAUGAUUUUGAAGAUGUAGGCCACAGUGAUGCAGCCAGAGACAUGAUGGAAAAAUACUGCAUUGGUGAGAUUGAUCCAUCAAGUGUUCCUCUAAAACGGACUUUCAUUCCACCCCAGCAAGCCGCCUACAAUCAUGAUAAGACCUCUGAAUUUGUGAUUAAGAUUUUACAAUUCCUUGUGCCCCUGUUGAUCUUGGGCUUAGCCUUUGUGGUUCGACAAUACACCAAAAAGGAAUAGUCUGCUACUCCCUCCCCUUUCCUCUUUCUAAACCGUUAAAUUUGUGGUUGCCUGCAUUAGUUGAAUAGCAGAAAGAAGUACUAGUCUCCUUGCUUUAGUUUUAUCAAUGGUGUUUGUGCGUGCCGAGUUGUUGUUUCGGGCUCAUAGUCCUCUACUAGACUCCAUUGUAGUUUACAGCCUGCUGUUGGCUUAACAGUUAUGCUAUUGCAGACUUUAAUUUUGUUGGAUCAUAAGCAGGAGCCUUUUGAGAACUUUUACUUCAUGAUUUGGGUAUU